AUGAUGAAAGUUCCCAGACACAACCAUUUGUCCACGUCUCAUAACUUCGUCAAGACUUACAGGCGUAAACAAAUCCUUAUAAAUCUACAAGUUAUGUAUACAUCUACAAGAUAUACCUGGAAAAUCACGUACCACAUUGAUCCCACCAUCAAAAUGACGUCAAGCGAAGAAUAUAUCUACAACCUCUUAGAUUCAUACUGGUACAAACACCACAUUCUUACACCAAAUCGACCAUCAAUUCCGAUACCCGAAUCCUAUAAGGAAGAAUAUGGAACGCCAUCACCGAAGCCACAAAAAGACGUGAUCAUGGCGUUGACGACGGGCAAUUGUAGAAAUGAUGUGGAAAUGAAAGGUCAACUAAGAUUCUGGGCACAUUCCGUUGCUUUAAUUUCCAUAUAA